GCCCGACCGGACCUAACUUUUUCGCGGACCGACAGCGCUUCGGCCCGACUCGCGCGCGCGCAAUGUCUGGUUCGUCCAGCGUCGCCACGAUGAAGAAAGUGGUUCAGCAGCUGCGGCUGGAGGCCGGGCUCAACCGCGUGAAGGUUUCCCAGGCUGCUGCAGAUUUGAAACAGUUCUGUCUGCAGAAUGCUCAACAUGACCCUUUGUUGACUGGAGUGUCUUCAAGUACUAAUCCCUUCAGACCCCAGAAAGUUUGUUCUUUUUUGUAGAUAAAAUGAAUCUUUGGAAGGUUUUCUAAACCACUGUUCACGAACCAGUGAAUAUUCAACGGAAUUAAAUCCAAACACCAAUAUGAAAACUUAACCAUGUAUGUCAGCGUAAUGUCAAGUCAUAGCUUAAUCUACCUCUCUGAAUUUUCAUUAAUUUCUGUUUCACAAGUAUAAUUAUUUUAUA